UCGCUCGUAUAAAGCCUAUCCUGAACGCCGCUUCUUGUUCUUCCAUACUUCCUCGGCUGGAGCUGAAUCUAGGGUUUCGGGGUGACAAUGGGGAAGGGAACAGGAAGCUUUGGUAAGAGGAGAAAUAAGACCCACACUCUCUGUGUGAGAUGUGGCCGUCGCAGCUUUCAUCUCCAGAAGAGUCGCUGUGCGGCAUGUGCUUACCCCGCUGCUCGCAAGAGGAAAUAUAACUGGAGCGUGAAGGCAAUCCGUAGAAAGACCACAGGAAGUGGACGGAUGAGGUACUUGCGUAACGUGCCUCGAAGGUUCAAGAGCGGUUUCAGAGAGGGUACUCAAGCCGCACCCAGGAAGAAGGGAGCCGCCGCCGCCACAGCUUAAGUCUCCGGUAGAUCGUUGUUUUCUAAAUCUGGUUAAUUAAUUAUAGGGUUUUGAGGUUUUUAUUGUGGGGGCAAGCAUUUGGACAAUUAUUAACAGUUUCUAUGGCCUCAUUACGUCUGUCAUUUUUGUCUCGAGUAAUAUGUAGUUGCUUUCAUUUAAAUGAGAAGACUGUAAGACUAUUUGGUUGUUUACUGAGAGUUUAUGGCGUCUAUAAUUUUGGUUUUACAUUUAA